UAUACUCUUGGAUUUGGACUCAUUCUGUCUUGGAUUCUGCUUGGACUCUACUCUGACUAGUUGUUUCAGUGAGGUUGGUCCUCCUGAAAAGCUGUUCCUUCUGCAGCAGAAUUUUCUCUUUGCCCUCAGCUUCUUUUUUCCAGCAGAAUAACUGGGAGUUCAGGGUGUAGUCUGCACAUUUCACACUCCUUUCAGCUGGCUGGGAGCUGCUCGGCAUCACCGUGUUUUAUUGACAGACCACUUGCUCCAACCGCUGAGGUCAGUUUGCGCGAAAUGAAAAGGGAAACGAUAGGAACGGUGCUGAGGGAGCUAAAGCUAAAGUCUGGCUCUCCUGGCUCCUCCUCAUGGCCUCCCCUCCCUGCAGCUCCCGCCUCCCCCUCUCCUCUCCCUCUCCAGCAGUAGGUAAAUGUGCUGCAGCGACAGCAGACAGUUCAGGGCUCGAGCCAAAGGCGUACACACCCACCAGCCUAGAGCAGGCCUGCAUUUUUCCACCGAUCCUUUUCACACGCUGCAGCCAACACUCCCUCAGAGCAGCAGAUAAACUUCCAGAAAUCUCCGGCGCUUUCAGUUUUAUUCCCUCCAGCAGACUGCAGGGAGGAGUUUCUAACAGCUACGCUCACCCCCACAUCUGAUCAAUAACCGCCAUGGAAACCCCAAGCCAGAAACGCCCUCGUAAUGCCGUCUCCCCGACCCGCAUCACCAGGCUGCAGGAGAAAGAGGACCUGUGCAACCUCAACGACCGGCUGGCCAUCUACAUCGACAAGGUGCGCUCCCUGGAGGCGGAGAAUGCCUCGCUCCGGCUGCGCAUCUCCGAGUCAGAGUCCGUGGUCACCCGCGACCUGUCGGGCAUCAAGACGGCCUAUGAGACGGAGCUGGCUGACGCCCGCAAGACCCUGGACAUGGUGGCCAAGGAGCGGGCACGGCUGCAGCUGGAGUUGGGCAAGAUCAGGGAGGAGCACAAGGAGCUCAAAGCCAGGAAUACUAAGAAGGAGUCGGACCUGGAGGCAGCCAUGCUCCGGCUGAGGGACCUCGAGGCCAUGCUGAACUCCAAAGAUGCUGCCUACACCACUGCCCUGGGGGAGAAACGAAACCUAGAGGCUGAGGUGAAGGACCUCAAGGGCCAGCUAGCCAAGCUGGACGUUAACUUGGGCGAUACGAAGAAGCAGCUGCAGGAUGAGAUGCUGAGGAGGGUGGAUGCAGAAAACCGCCUGCAGACCCUGAGGGAGGAGCUGGACUUCCAGAAGAAUGUCUAUAACGAGGAGCUGCGCGAGUCCAAGCGUCGACACGAGUCUCGGAUCGUAGAGAUCGACGGCGGUAGGCAGCAGGAGUUUGAAAGCAUGCUGUCCGAUGCUCUGAGUGAUCUGAGGGCGCAGCACGAGCAGCAGGUUUACAUCUACAAGGAGGAGCUGGAGAAGACCUACAACUCCAAGCUGGACAACGCCCGUCAGUCAGCGGAGAGAAACAGCAACAUGGUCGGAGCCGCUCACGAAGAGUUGCAGCAGACCCGAGUCCGUCUGGAGGGCAUGACGUCUCAGCUGACUCAGCUGCAGAAACAGCUGACGGCCAGCGAGUCCAAAGCCCGGGAGCUGGAGGAGUCUCUGGCGCGAGAGCGGGACCUGAUGAGGCGUCGCUUGGAGGAUAAAGACAGAGAAAUGGCAGAGAUCCGAGCACGGAUGCAGCAGCAGCUGGACGAGUACCAGGAGCUGCUGGACAUCAAGCUGGCACUGGAUAUGGAGAUCAGUGCUUACAGGAAGCUCCUGGAGGGAGAGGAGGAGAGGCUCCGCUUGUCCCCCAGCCCUUCGUCCACAAAGGUCACGGUGACCCGGUCAUCCGGCUCGGGCCACGGCAGCCGCCUGAUCCUUUCCUCUGCCGCUGCAGCCUCCAGCAGCCGUAACUCGUCCAGCGCCAGCAAGAAGCGCCGGCUCAACGACAAUGACAGCGAGACCUCCAGCAUGGUGGGCGGUACCGUCACCAAGACCCGGAUCAGUCAGCAGGCCUCUGCCAGCGGGCGCAUUACUGUGGACGAGGUCGACCUGGAGGGGAAGUACAUCCGUCUGAACAACAAGGCCGACGAGGACCAAUUGCUGGGCAACUGGCAGCUGAAGAGACAAGUUGGCAAUAGCAAUCCCAUCAUCUACAAGUUUCCCAGCAAGUUUACUCUCAAGGCCGGAGCCACUGUGACUGUCUGGGCUGCAUCUGGUGGAGGAACCCACAACCCUCCCACUGAUCUGGUCUGGAAGAGCCAGGCUUCCUGGGGCGCCGGCGACCUCCUGCAGACCACCCUCAUCAGUGCCGGCGGAGAGGAAAUGGCCUCGAGGAAAGUCAUGCGCACCCUGUUCCAGGAUGAAGAUGAUGAUGACAUGGGAGCUCACAGCACCAGCGGCGCAGACAAUGAAUACAACCUGCGCAGCCGCAGGGUUGUUUGCGACUCGUGCGGACAGUCGUCGGAUCGCUCAGGCGGAUUGGAAGGUUUAGGAGGACAUACCAACUUCAUGGGAACCAACGAGCCCAGACAGGGUCGCAUGAAGCCGGAGAACUGCUCCGUCAUGUAAAAACCAAAGAGCACUUCAUCUGAACCUACCAGAGCAGGAUCCUUUUCUACCGUCGGGAUAUUUUCUUUAUUUUUUUAUAUGAUGAAUUUUUUUGUAUUCACAUUAAUCAGCAGGUUGGAUCUGCUUCAAGGUUUUUGGCAAUGGGCUCAGGAUGUUCACAGUUCCUUAUGUUGAAUUCAUUUUUCCUGCAUGUCUGGUGUGCAAAAGCUUGUUCUGGCCUCUGCUCUGUCCGCACACUCAGCUCCACUGACCAGCACUUGGAUCCGAUCCAAUCCGAGUCGAGCCGAUCUGGGGAACCCAGACAAGGGGACUUCUCUGCAACCACAUGGACGGGAGGAGAACAAACCCCCGCAGCUUUAUUAAUCAUGCUGUUUGAAUACUUCUGUUUACACUUUGUUUGUUGGAACAGUUUCACUUCUAUGUUUAUGUACAUCAGACAAAAAUCCUCAAAGAAAGACUGUUGGCUCAGGUUAUCAAACAAACGUCUUGUAUAUUUGCUUUAGGUGAUAUAGCAGUGCAGCUGUGGCGCACAGAAAUUAUGAAAUUAUCUUAAGCUUGAUCACACAGAUAAACAUAAGUUAUAGUUUAGAGCAUCUAUAGAAGAUGGUGUGCAGAGUAAGUUUAACUCUGAUAUUUUGCCUUUACUUCCUUUUCUCUUUGUAAGGAGGCUUUAUUAUUGCAAGAUUCGCACAGAUUUAUCAGGACCGUAGGAUCACUGACAAACAGCCCAGAAGGAGUGGUUUAACUGGUCCAGAAGCAGAGCAGCAAUGGGAGAAGGUUUUAUUUUUGCAGAGAUCUGGCAUUUCUAGACCAAGCAUCAGACGGCAUCAAGAGUGGAGUGAUGGGAUUAUCAGGCAGUGUGUGGAGUAUCCAGCAGUCAGUCCAAACGGUGGAUGACGGUCAGGUAAUAGAGGAGACCUUGUAGACACAAUAGACAGCUUUACCAGCACCUAAUGCAGUUUUAUAGGGGUUUAGUAGUGGGUUUGCUUGAGGCUGGUUGAUUGCAUCUUGCAGACCUUUGGCAUGUGGACCGUUUUCUCUACAACUCAUUGCAAGAUGAACCAGCAUACCUGGGUUUCCUCACACACAGAACGUUGGGUCAUUGUGAAUUCUGUACGCCCCACACACACCGGGCUGUUCAACAAUUUGUCCUCAUGCAAACCCACCAUGUGACCCCUACCAAACUCCAACAAGUGCUGGUAAUACUUUCUGAUGCUUUUAUGCGGCCUCCUCUGUGUCUGCUGAAUUUAACUCACGGCUCUGGAUGUACAAUGCUCCAGAAACUGCCUGUUGUCAGUGUUGCUGCACUCAUGAAGAACCUCUCUGGUGCCAAGUCAUUGCAGAUCCAGUCAUGCACAUUCCCAUCACUGGGCUGCAUGUGGACCAAAUGAAAUCAUUCCUCUGGGUUUUGCACUCUGUCAGUGAGAAUAGGAAAAUAUUUUUUGGGCUAGGAUUUGGUUAAAUAAAACAAACAGGAAGCUGUUGGUGGCAGAGUCCAGCAGCAGCUAUACUUUUCUUUCCUGUUGGCAGAUAUAAAUGCACCUUCAGAGGAAAAAAAACCUUCUCUGGUCACAUGAUUCCUGCUCCAGUCUUGUGACGGUCAGCCGUCCUCCUCGGAUUGAGUCGCUCCUUAAAACUGGUCACAAGGGCUUCUUUCUUUUCUUUCUUCCUAUUGAGCUUUGUGGCUUUAGAAAGAUUUUUGGGAUCUCAGAUUUUGAGACUUUUUGACUUUAUGCACUGCUUUUGUAGAGAGCUGCAGAAUAUAUGCAAGCAGGUAGGUUUAUGCAUUAAUACUGCAUGUAAAAGUUUAUCAAUACCAAAAGUACUUGAGUUUUUCUUGUUUUUUGACUGAUUUGUCAUUCAGGCCAAAUAUAUUUUUAUUAUUAAAAUCUAAUGUUGAAUCCUAAAGUGCCUCAGCAGCUACUAACAAGACCCAUGACCUCCAUCUGAGGGAGCAAAUGUCUAGUUUUGGCCGUGUUUUUAUGCACAGCUGUUUGCUGCAGCCUCAGAGUUCAGAUGAUUUUAUAUACAGAAUUAGUUUUUUCUGACUAACCAGGCAGUUUCAGAAAGACUAGCUUUUCUUCAGGCUGCAGAUUGUGAAGGUCUUCCUGUUUAAGCCUCAUUAAUCACCUGAACAUCUCAAAGGUUUAAAAUUUUAUCCAAAGUUGUUCUUCCAUGAAGUAGAACAAUGAUUAGAAAUGGAACAGCCAUGCUUGACUCGUAAUUAUUGUUUUUCCUAAAUGAAGCUGAAUAAAAGUUAUUUUUCCCA